GGAUUGUAGUCUUAAAAUAAUUUCGCCUGGCAACAUUAUCGUUCAAACUUUAAAAAAAAAAAUAUACUUCCUCCCCUUCUCGUAUCGCAAAUGUAACAUGUCGGGCGCAUCUCGCUGCGCUAGUUAUUAUUUUCGAAUAUUAUCGUCUCGGUUCAUCUAAAAGAUUCAAUUUCGUCUGUAAACUGUGUGUACUCAUUGUGGAAGGCUAAUCAGUUGAAGAAGCACUGCUCCUGCUCCGUUUCGGUGUCCACGCUGGUCCAGGUAACUCGGAUUCGAGGUAAGUCUAGACGAGCCGAAGGUCUGAGAAGCCUGCGCCAGCCUCCACCGAGAGCUGCACCGUCAUCUACAGCUCAGCAAGGUGAGUGCUUUUACCAAUUGACCUAGCCUGUCCUAAGUUCCACGGUAUAUCGUUUCGUAUCUCGUCUCGUAUUUCGUUUGAAUACAGUCCACAUAAUUUUUAAAUAUCGAAGUAAAAUAAUCCCCUUAACAUUUUUUGGUCCCACGAUCCGGAUAACUUGUAAGGUGACCGUGGUUAUUUUCGCUUUAAAUAUCAAUUUUCGUCAAUAAAUUGUUCAUUGUAAAAUCAUAAAAACAUUGGAGGGUAAGAUUGAAACACUUGGCUUGGGCGUUUUUCCGUUAGUUAAACUAUCGAGCGUUUAGUUCAUAGACUAAAAUUGUGUGUCGAAUUAAUUACGUUUCUGAACGCAACUUUUAGCUGUCAUUUUUGACAAGUUGUCAAUUGAAAAUCAUAACCUAUCAUUAUUAUCGAAUCAAAUAGUUUUGUUGUUGUUUUAGUGAUUCAAUAUACAUAUUUUUACAAAAUAAACAUGACACUUGGUGGGGAUUCGUCCGAAAGUUUCGACAAGAGCCGUGAACUUUAUGUUAUUCCAUGCACUUUGGUCAAAAUUAGAUGUUAGUAGUAAGGAAGCUUUUGAGUUGCAACUUGAAUCAAACACAGAAAUUCCCAGUUAUGAGGAAUUAAUUUCGUUUAUUGAAAAGCGGAGCCAGGCAUUAGAGAACAGCGUUGGUAAGUCGUUAACAUUAUCUAGUAAACCAGUGUAUAGUAAGCCAGUGUCGAAUAAGGCUAAGCCUGCUCUCCUUGUGCCGCCAGUGAGCAACUGUGCUAUGUGUUCCGCACCGGGACACAAAUUGGAUAACUGUACUAAAUUUUUGGAACUGCAGCCAUUGGAAAGGUUUGCUCAGGUUAAGGAGAGGAGACUUUGCAUACUUUGUUGUAGGCCAUCACACUCGGUUAAAAAUUGUAAAUCAGCGGUGACUUGUGGCAUCUGCAAGCGCAGACACCACACAUUAUUGCAUUUCGAAAAGGAUAAGGAGUUGGAACCAACAGCUCCACCGACCCAAGUGGCAUUGGCUGUGCAUAAUGCAAAUGCACCAAGUUUGUUCUCAACAGCUAUCGUGCUGAUAAAAAAUAAAUUUAAUAAUUUUGUACCAAUUCGAAUAUUGAUGGAUAAUGCUUCGGCUUGUAACUUUGUAACAUUAAAGUGCGCUCAAAAACUUGGAAUACCAAUUAGAAAUAAUUCACCAACGGUGAACGGUGUUGGUCUGUCGUCGACGGACACUUUUGGAAUUGUCGAUUGUGAGAUAGUUCCUUCGAAUGGGGACUCCUCAUGCAAAUUUUCGUUUGAAGCGUUCGUGCUUCCCAAGAUCUGCCAUGAUAUGCCACCAGAACCACUGAAUGUGCCUUCUUGGAGGCAUCUGAAGGAUUUAGAUCUUGCUGAUCCGUCUUUCCACAAAUCUGGACCUAUAGACAUGUUGGUUAACGUCAACCUUUUCGCUGCUGCACUACAAUCUGGCGUUGUCAAGGGCAACGCAGAUGAGCCCAUAGCUGUCCGCACUGUUUUCGGCUGGUUGGUGAUGGGUGAGUGCCCUAUAAACGUUAACACUUCUCGUUCUCGUUGUCAUAAAGGUUCAGAAGGUGAUACUCAGAGGUGCUAUCUCGUGUCGAGUCUAUCAUUAGACAAUAAUAUCAAGCGCUUCUGGGAACUGGAAAGUGUAGAUCCUCCCAAAAAUAUCGUUUUGUCGAAAUCAGAAAUGUCGUGUGAAAACCAAAUGGAAACUUCAUAUUGUCGCACUCCCGAGGGUAGGAUGGUAGUACCAUUAACUUAUGUUGACCCUCAGGAUAAACCCAGGUUUUCAAAUUCUCGUGAGAUAGCUCUCAAGCGUCUCUUAAAUUUAGAGAGGAAAUUCAAAUUGAAUCCUCAGUUUCGGACAGCUUAUGUCAAUUUCAUGGAUGACUACCUUAGUUGUGGUCACAUGGUGGAAGUUGAUCCUCCCUUGUCGUCUGGAGGUCAGUUUUAUUACAUACCCCACCACGGAAUUUUGCGCCCUGACUCCUCCACUACUCCUCUUCGCUGUGUUUUUGACGCUAGCGCCCAGGAUUCUUCAGGAAAGUCCUUGAACGAUACACUGCUUGCCGGCCCUAAAUUGCAAAAUAACAUAUUUGACUUGUUGGCUCGUUUUCGAUGGCAUGCAGUAGUGUUCACCGGUGACAUCAAACAAAUGUACCGGCAGUUCCUUGUCGAUUUACAGGACUGCGACUAUCAGCGCAUUUUGUGGCGCCCGUCACCUGAUGAUCCCGUGAAUGAUUAUCGUUUGCUCACAGUGACCUAUGGUGUGUCCUGUGCUCCAUAUCAGGCGCUCUGGUGCAUAUCGAAGUUAGCAAAGGAGUUUUCGUCUCGUGCUCCUCAAGGUGCUGCAGUGUUGGCUAGGGAUGCGUAUGUCGACGACGUUGUGUCAGGUGCAGACUCUGUCGAGGAUGCGUUAGUGUUACGACAACAGUUGGUGGAAAUAUUAUCGUCUGCUCAGCUUCAUCUGCGCAAAUGGACCUCUAACAGCCCUGAAUUUCUAGGAAAUUUGCCUGGUUCAGAGCUGUACUCAGAUCAACUUCACAAUUUCGAAAACGUCCAUGAUUUAUCGUUAAAAAUUCUCGGUUUGUCGUGGCUUCCCAAGGAAGAUACUUUCACAUUCAAGACCUCCUUGAAUGAUUGUCGUUGUACGAAGCGAUCGAUCCUCUCGGACAUCGCUCGUAUUUUUGAUCCUCUGGGUCUAUUGUCGCCUGUCGUAUUUUUCGCAAAAUAUUUAAUACAACUUCUAUGGGUUUCUGGUGUCGAUUGGGACAGCGAGGUUCCUAUCGCUAUCGCUCAAGAAUGGCGUAAAUUCAAAUCGCAAUUGGCGGAAAUGAGCUCGUUGUCCAUUCCCCGUAGAAUGGUUGUAUCUUUCGUAUCGUUACAGCUUCACGGGUACUGUGACGCCUCGGAGAAGGGUUACUGUGCUGUCAUUUAUUGUCGUGUCGUUCAAAAUGACGGAUCCGUUGUCGUGCGUCUUUGUUGCGCUAAAACGAAAGUGGCCCCACUUCGUAAAUGUUCUAUCCCGAGAUGUGAGCUGUUAUCUGCUGUCUUGUUGUCAGAUUUGAUUGUCUCGUUUGCAGAAGCUCUAAAAGAUUUUCACACUUUUGAUGAUAUCCACGCUUGGUCAGAUUCUACUGUCGCGCUGACUUGGAUUCGUUCGUGUCCAUCAAAGUGGAAAACUUUUGUGGCUAAUAGGGUUGCGCACAUACAAGAGAACGUCCCCCCUGAAAAUUGGCACCACGUGUCUGGUUCGGAUAAUCCAGCGGAUUGCGGCUCCCGCGGUUUGUUACCUGCUGAUUUAAUCCAGAAUACGCUAUGGUGGGCGGGGCCUACUUGGCUGUCUAAUCCUCAAGAAUCUUGGCCGCAAUCUGAGAUCCUUUCUGAUCAAGCCGCUUCGAACGAGCAAAAAAUCUAUAGUUUGUUCACAGACUCUAAUAUAUCGUUGAUUGACAACAUCUUAAGCAGAUUCUCGUCUUUACAACGCAUAUUGCGUAUUUUCGCUUAUUGUUUUCGGUUCAUGCAUAACUUGCAAAAAUCAUUGUCGAAAAUCACAGAUCCGAACCUGUCGUCUGAAGAAAUUACGAAAGUUCUUCACUUUCUCGUGAAACAUGUCCAGGAGCGAGCUUUCGCUUCAGAAUUGCGGUGCUUGUUGACAGAUAAGUCACCCCACUCUCUAUCGAAGCCCAUGCGGAAAUUGGCGCCGUUUGUGGAUGAGCGUGGAAUGCUAAGGGUGGGCGGUCGCCUGUCUAAAGGAGACCUGUCGUUCGAUGUGAAACAUCCACUAUUAUUGCCUCGUGAUCACAGGUUGACUACGUUGAUCAUUGAGGAUUACCAUCACCGGUUUAUGCACCCUGGAUUGCAAACAUUGCAAAAUUUAUUAGCCCAAGAAUUCUGGGUUCUAUCGGCAAGAAGGGCUAUAAACUCGGUUAUUUCAUCUUGUAUGAAGUGCUUUCGCGCUCGGCCUAAAGUGGCAUCUCCUCCAAUAAUGGGCAACUUACCAUCGUUUCGAAUUAAUCAAAUUAAACCAUUUUCGUCAGCGGCAGUAGAUUACGCUGGUCCCUUUGAUACUUGUUUGGCCCGGGGCCGCGGUCUACGCACAUUUAAAUCGUAUAUUUGCGUUUUCGUAUGCACUGCCACCAAAGCAGUACAUCUUGAGCUGGCCUCAGAGCUCACCACAGAGGCAUAUCUCGCAGCUCUGCGCCGUUUCAUUUCGCGCCGCGGUCGGUGCUCUAGGCUGAUCUCGGAUCAGGGUAGAAACUUUAUUGGCGCAUCCAAUAUGCUCCAAGAAUUCAUGGCCAAGGCUUCACGUGCAGAACAAAUAAAUUUCGUUUUUAACCCGCCCGGCAGCCCACAUUUCUCGGGGUUAGCCGAGGCUGGUGUAAAGUCAGUAAAGACACAUCUCGCUCGCGUCGUGAGCUCUCAGCGCCUUACAUUUGAGGAAUUCUAUACCAUUUUGACCCAAAUUGAGGCGAUGCUGAACUCACGGCCUUUGUCCCCUGUCAGCUCGGACCCAAACGACCUGUCAGUUUUGACCCCCGGACAUUUCCUUACUUUGGAGCCGCUCACCAUAUUGCCUGAAAGCAACAUGGUAGAUGCGAAAUUAGGUCCACUUCAGAGAUGGAAAUUAUUACAAAAGAUCCAUCAAGAUUUCUGGCGCAAGUGGCACCUCGAAUAUUUGCACACAUUGCAGCAACGCCACAAAUGGUUCGAUGGUCAGAAAAACAUUGUCGUCGGGACGCUCGUGCUCAUUGUCAAUGAGCAAUGUAGCCCCAUGAAGUGGAAAAUUGGCCGGGUGGUACAACUCCAUCCAGGAAGUGACGGGAUUUGUCGAGUUGUCACAGUUCGCACAGAAUCGGGCGAACUUAAACGUCCGAUAGUUAAACUGUGUCCCUUACCUUUGCAAAACUAGUGUUAAUUCACUAUCAUAUAGUCAUAAGUAUUAAUUUUAUCGUAGAUUUAGAUUAAAGUAAAAAAUAUAUAGUAAUAGGAAAAUAAACCCUGAGCCAUAUCGAUUCUAUUUUAUCCUCAGUUGACAAUAACAGUACAAACUUGUGGAAAAUACGUUGUAUUUUGGUGGGCGGAAAAUGUUAAGGAUUGUAGUCUUAAAAUAAUUUCGCCUGGCAACAUUAUCGUUCAAACUUUAAAAAAAAAAAUAUACUUCCUCCCCUUCUCGUAUCGCAAAUGUAACAUGUCGGGCGCAUCUCGCUGCGCUAGUUAUUAUUUUCGAAUAUUAUCGUCUCGGUUCAUCUAAAAGAUUCAAUUUCGUCUGUAAACUGUGUGUACUCAUUGUGGAAGGCUAAUCAGUUGAAGAAGCACUGCUCCUGCUCCGUUUCGGUGUCCACGCUGGUCCAGGUAACUCGGAUUCGAGGUAAGUCUAGACGAGCCGAAGGUCUGAGAAGCCUGCGCCAGCCUCCACCGAGAGCUGCACCGUCAUCUACAGCUCAGCAAGGUGAGUGCUUUUACCAAUUGACCUAGCCUGUCCUAAGUUCCACGGUAUAUCGUUUCGUAUCUCGUCUCGUAUUUCGUUUGAAUACAGUCCACAUAAUUUUUAAAUAUCGAAGUAAAA